UCUUCCGGAUAUCAUUCUCUUACGCCAAUGGCUCAGAAGACAGACGAUCUCUAUGCUGUUGCAGAUUUCUGCCUGGUGCCAAUGGGCAUCGGAGAACCAUCCGUUGCAGAAUAUGUUGCGGAGUGCGCUCGCGUGCUUGACAAGACCAGAUUAAAGCACAAGCUAGCGCGAGUACCAGAGGGCCCAUGGUCCGCCGUUAUGCAAGCCAUUCAUGAUUGUCACGCCGCGGUGCACGCGAAGGGCACGUCGCGCAUUGCGACUGACAUUCGCAUUGGCACGCGAGUCGACAAGAAGAUCGAGCUGGGCACAGGCAACGAAGGCAAGGUCAAGCGGGUCGAGGACAUUCUUGCGCGCGAUCAGAAGGCAUAA